AUGGCGUCGCCCGCUCGCGCGCGCUCGCGGUCACCCGUGAAGUCACCGUCGUCCGCGUCGCAGCGCGGGCGCGCGACUUUACACGACGCGAACGCGGCGGACGGUGAGGGGCGACGAGCGCUCGAUCGAUCGAUGGGCGAAGCGACAGCUGUGGAUGAAAACGUCGCCCCGGACGGGCGAGGGACGAGUGCGGAGGGGGCUGGGGGCGAUGUGGGGUUGAUGUCGCCGCCGCCGGCGCGCGGAGCGAGCUCGGGGGGUGGACGAGGGAUGAUGUCGCCGUUGGAUGCGGAUUUGUUUUCCCCGCCGGCGAGACGCGCGCACGGCGCGGCGUCCACGCCGAUGGGUGGUGGGACGUUUGGAUCACCGCGGUUCGGGACGCCGAGGACGACGCCGAGGGGGGAUGUUCGACGAGGGGUGUUGAGUGCACGCGCGGGACGGAUGGAUGAGGAGGACGAUGGAUUCGGCGCGCCGGGGAGCGAGCGCCGGGCGAGCGCGGGCUUGGACGCGACUCCUGGAACGCAGUUGACGGCGACGCAGGAUGUUGAUUUCUUGAUGUCACCGCCGCAGAGCGCGGGUGAUCACUUGAUGCGUGGGCACAUGGAUCGCGAGGACGUGGCGAUGCAGACGUAUAUCUGGGGUACCAAGGUGAACGUGUACGACGUGCAGACGCGCUUUCGGCGAUUUUUGGAAAACUUUGAGUGGUAUGUCCUUCCGUCGGAGUUUCAGUGGCCUGAGGGCUACGGUGAGGCUGAUUUUGUGCCUCCGGUUGAUUUCGUUCCGCCACCGACUCGUAACUACCACGACUUGAUGCACGAUCUCCUGGAGAAGCAGCAAUCGGAUCUGGAUCUGGAUUGUCAGCACGUCGACAAAUACGAUCCGUUCUUGUACAGUCUCUUGACGCAGUACCCGCAAGAGAUCAUUCCGCUCUUCGACGUUGUUGCAAAUGAAUACUUCACGCAAAAUGUCGUGCCAGAAGUGAUGCCGGUUGAUGAGGCCGAUGAUCACCGAUUGCUAGUGCGCCCGUUCAACAUGAUGGAGGCGAAACCCAUGCGCGACUUGAAUCCAUCGGACAUCGACAAGAUGGUGUGCGUGCGUGGUAUGGUGACGCGAUGCACAACGAUCAUUCCUGACCUAAAACUCGCGUAUUUCAAGUGUCUGAUGUGCGGCUUCGCCCCAGAACAUAUUCAAGUCGACCGCGGUCGCGUCAACGAACCUCCGCUCAAGUGCACAGAGUGCGGCAAGCCAGGAACGAUGACCUUGAUUCACAAUCAAUGCGUCUUCGCAAACAAGCAAACGGUGAAGAUGCAGGAGACACCGGAUGCGAUUCCCGAGGGUGAGACUCCGCACACUGUAUCCAUGUGCGUCUUCGAUGAUCUCGUUGAUCAGGCGAAGCCAGGUGACCGAGUUGAAGUUACUGGAGUGUAUCGUGCGGUUCCAAUUCGUCUGAGCUCUACGAAGCGCACGCUCAAGAGUGUGUACAAGACGUACCUAGACGUUUUUCAUAUAAGAAAGGACGUCGGGGCGAGGAUGCGAAACACGGCCGGACCCGAGGAUGAAGAGGCUGCAAGAAACUCAGCUGCUUCAACGAAGUCAUCUGGACCGGUGAAGAAUCAAGGUCCUGGACAGCAAAUGGAGUUCACUCCGGAGCGCAUGGCCGAGAUAGAAGAGCUCGGUCGUUCGCCGGACAUUUAUGACCGGCUUGUGGCGUCGUUGGCCCCGUCAAUUUGGGAGUUAGAAGACGUUAAAAAAGGACUGUUGUGUCAGCUCUUUGGCGCCACGAACAAGAGCUUCAGCGACAAGGCAGCGAACAAGGUCCGGGGCGACAUCAACAUUUUACUCGUCGGUGAUCCCGGGGUCGCCAAGUCUCAGCUAUUGACGUACGUUCAUCGUAUCGCGCCGCGUGGUAUGUACACCUCAGGUAGAGGUUCGUCUGCGGUUGGUCUUACAGCGUACGUCACUCGCGAUCCGGAGUCAAAAGACAUGGUGCUCGAGUCAGGAGCGCUCGUGCUUUCUGAUCGCGGCAUUUGUUGCAUUGAUGAGUUCGACAAGAUGUCUGACAGUGCUCGAUCAAUGUUGCACGAAGUGAUGGAGCAGCAGACGGUUUCCAUCGCGAAGGCUGGAAUCAUUGCGGUGUUAAAUGCACGGACUUCGGUCCUUGCGUCAGCGAACCCAGUCGGAAGUCGUUACAACCCGAACAUGUCCAUGGUGGAGAACAUUCAACUCCCGCCGACACUGUUGUCCCGUUUUGAUUUGCUCUACCUAUUGCUUGACCGUCCUAAUCCCGAGACGGAUCGCCGUCUGGCGAGACACUUAGUCAGUUUGCACUACAAGAAUCCCCCGCAGAAGAAACGGGGCGUGAUUUCUGCCGACUUGCUCACCGAGUACGUCUCGUAUGCUCGCGCCAAUGUACAACCGGUGCUCAGCGACGAAGCCUCGGAAGAGCUCGUGGAGGGAUAUGUUGAGAUGCGACGCAUGGGUGGUAGUCGAAAAGUUAUUACUGCAACGCCGAGACAACUUGAGUCUCUCAUUCGUCUCUCAGAGUCUCUAGCGCGCAUGCGUUUAAGUGCGGUGGUGGAUCGUGACGACGCUAAGGAGGCGCUGCGAUUGAUGCGGGUGGCGAUGCAACAAUCCGCCGUUGAUCCUCGCACUGGGACGAUUGAUAUGGAUAAGAUAUUGACCGGACAUAGCGCCAGCGACCGUCAGCACCGCAGGACGGUUGCAGAGGCCAUCAGGGCGUGUCUUAAUACUUCUGGGAGCGGUAGACUCCGACUGGGCGAGCUCGCGAAGGCGCUCGCGGAGAGGGACAACACGAUGGCGCUGAGCAUCCAGGAGGUUCGCGACGCCGCAAUGCUUCUUGUAGAGGAGGAAAAGUGUACCAUUCGAGGUGACCUCGUCACCUUGAUCGCCUAG